AUGUCUUUCAAGAUUAUCAUUAUCGGGGGGAGUGUUGCGGGUUUGACGCUGGCAAAUAUACUCGAGAGAUAUGGUAUUGAGUAUGUUUUGCUUGAGAAGUAUCGAUGCAUUGCGCCUCAGUUGGGGGCGAGUCUUGGUCUUUUGCCGUAUGGGAGCCAGGUUCUUGAUCAAUUGGGUGUUAAUGAGGCGGUUCAAGCUAUGUGCGAGAGGGUGGAAUCGAUGCACUAUUAUGAUUCGGAUGGGGUGAAGCUUGGUGGUCAUGAUACGUUUGGGGAGAUGCUUUUGAAACUAACCGGAUACCAAUUCAACUUUCUGGAUCGUCGGGAGCUUGUUCAAGCCUUGUAUGACAAUCUCCAGGACAAGUCAAAGGUCCACGUCUCCAAGGGGCUCUUGAACAUCGACCACCUGGAUACCGGGGUAACAGUCACUGCUGAAGACGGCACCACCUUCGCCGGAGACAUCCUCGUCGGCGCAGAUGGAGUCCACAGCCAAACAAGAAAAGAAAUGUGGAGGAUCGCAGACUCAGAGGUCCCAGACUACGGAACGCAGCAGAUGGCAAAAUCAAUGACCUGCUCGUACAAAUGUAUGUUCGGCAUCUCAGACCGUCCCGAAGGUGUUCCUGAUGGCCGCGGAUACAAAACCUACCACAAAAACCGCUCUUAUCUCUAUCAAGCCGGUCGUGGUGGGAAAUUGUACUUUUUCGCGUUCUCCAAGAACCCUGAAGUUACUAUCGACAAGGAUAUCCUCCGGUAUACCGCUGAGGAUGAAAAAGCUUUGGUGGAUGUGCAGAGGGAUGAUGCUCUCUUCCCGGGUCUUACUUUCGGGGAUCUUUAUCGGAAACAUCGGGCUGCGGUUCUUGUCCCAUUGCAGGAGUAUGUGUUGGAGAAGUGCUUUUAUAGGCGUGUUGUUUUGAUUGGCGAUUCUUUUCAUAAGAUGAACCCUCUCACCGGCCAAGGAGGAAACUCAGCCAUCGAAGACGCAGCACUACUUGGAGACCUGCUAAAAGAAGCCCUGGACAACAGCCCGCGUCCAGCAAACGAGACGAUCCACGCAAAACUCGCCUACUUUCAAGAGGAGCGCAAGCCCCGCACCAAAAUACUGGUAGACGGUGCGCAUGCGCUGCAACGUCUCGAGGCCCUCGAGAACCCAUUUCUGGAGUUCCUACAGAAAAAGGUAAUAGCUAAAACAGAAGUUGAUCAGUUGGCUGCUGUAAUGGCCGCAACACAUUGUCCGGGACAUACUUUGAAGUAUCUACCGAAGCCGUCGCGGGAGGGAGUCGUGGCUCGGGAUGUUGAGGUGGUUGCGAGGCCGAGGGACCGGUCGUCUGUCGCGACGGCGUUUUGGAUUAUUCUCGUUCUUCUUGUCGCUGGGGUGUCGAUCGUCCUUGGACAGUCUGUCAGCAUGGGGACUGCGACUGUCCUCCGUGAUUCUCUCUUGGAUUACACGCUUGUCACCGCGAUGGGCAUCAAUGCACUAUGGACAAUUGAAUCCCACCGUCCAGGACUCGCAGGAGAAUACCUAUGCAGCCCCAUCCCCUACAUCCUCGCCUCCACAGCCUUCGGCUGGCACCUAAUCACACCAAUUUACUUCGCCAUUUACAUCCACCUCAGCCAAUCCCGACCCUUCUACUAUCCUAAUCCGCGAGCGAUUGACCUCCGAGCUGCCGAGUUCCUUCCCACGGGGCUAUUGAUCACGUACAUUGUGCUUGCACUCUUGGUGCUCCAGAAUACAGCACCGAUUGAAAUACGAGGGUGGAUCCUUUCGCUUGUUCAACUCGGUCUACCGAUUUUGGUCUCGCUUGGACAGAGGAUGUCGACGAGGGAGCCGCCUAGUUCUAAUUUUGCGGAGGCGUUGUAUGGGACGAGAGAUAUGCCUUAUUUAUGCCGGUUUUAUAACUUGGGGAUUUUUGCUACGAGCACGUUUCAUAUCGUCAUCGCUAGUCGGGUAUUCCCACACAUCUCGGAUGCCGGAGUCCUGAAAGAAAUGGUCCUCUCAUCCGAAGGUGUGCAAUUGGGAUGUCUCAUCGCCGCAAUUCUGAUCUGGUGCAUCUUUACGAUCUGGGACUUGCGCCGCACGAACGUCCUUCAGACCCCUCUUUUCCUUGCCGUUCUUGCCGUCCUCUUGGGAAGUGCCUGUUUUGGACCGGCUGCUACGUUGAUUGGAUUGUGGGAAUGGCGCGAAGGUGCAUUGGAACGGUCUCGCGCGAGGAAGUAG